CGGCCCCGGGGCAACAUGUACCUGCUGGAUGGCGGUGGCGAGCCCGCGUCUCCCCCGGCGGACGCGAUGCAGCGCGGGACGACGCCUCCCCGAAAGACCGUCUACCGUAUCUCCGUGACCAUGGUUAGGAAGGAACAGCUAGCAGGGGGUCCGGCCCGGAGGCCCCGGCCAGUGCGCACUUCUGAUGGGCCCGGGCAGCAGCAGCUGCUGGAAGAGGCGGAGGAGGCCGCUGAAGACUCCGAGGGCGGCGGCAGCAGCGGCGGCCCGCUGGCCUGGCCUUUGCGCACUUACCGCACUCGCAGCACCGGGCAGCUGGAGCUGGGGAGGCUCCGCCCGUGCAUUGCGCGCAGCCCCCCGGGGCCUUUGGACAUCUGCGCGCCCGAGCGACCCGGGAGCCCCGACGAGGAGGACAGGGCUGGGAAGCAGGUCUCCACCCAAGGGGCCCCGCUGCGACGGAGUCUCAGCUUCAGGCUCGGGAGCGGGCCCGACCCCCCUGGGGACCCGGCCAUGGGCAGCGGCGGGAGACGCCACAGCAGCUCCGGGAGCCUGGCCUGGUUGCCAGGCGAUGAUGAUGAUGAUGAUAUUGAUGAUGAGGAGGAGGCCGAAGCUGAAGCUGACCCCGAGGGGGAUGCCCUGGAUCCAGUCGAGGCAGCUGCCACUGCCACCACCUCCUUGCAGCCGGCCUCCUCGGAGAAGCGCAACACCCUGGAUGUGGGCGAGGUGCUGAGCAAGAACGACGCGCUCUCGGACCUGGAGCGCUGGGAGCGCAGCAAAAGCAAGAACCGCACGCUGGACAACAGCGACCUGCAGCGGCUGGAGCGCGCCCGGGCCGCCGCGGCCGCCGCUGGGGCCGGCGCCGCCUCCGAGCACCGGCUGCUGCGCUUCUUCAGCGGCAUCUUUGCGCGCAGGGACGGUGCGCCCGGCGGGCCCACUUCACGCAGCAGCGCCUCGCGGCCUCGCGGCUACUUCAGCAGCCUGCGCAGGCCCCCAGUGGACGCACACUCCUCCAGCGGCGAGAGCAUCGAUGGGUCCCCCUGCAGAGAUGCCUUUGUGAACAGCCAGGAAUGGACGCUGAGUCGCUCCGUCCCAGAGCUCAGAGUGGGAAUUGUGGGUAACCUGGCCAGCGGCAAGUCAGCUCUGGUGCACCGAUACCUGACUGGCACCUACGUCCAGGAGGAAUCUCCGGAAGGUGGGCGCUUCAAGAAGGAGAUCGUGGUGGAUGGACAGAGCUACCUGCUGCUGAUCCGAGAUGAAGGCGGACCCCCGGAGGCACAGUUUGCCAUGUGGGUGGACGCAGUCAUCUUUGUCUUCAGCUUGGAGGAUGAAAUCAGCUUCCAGACCGUCUACCACUACUACAGCCGGAUGGCCAACUUCCGGAGCACUGGUGACAUCCCACUGGUCCUGGUGGGCACCCAGGAUGCCAUCAGCUCCAGCAACCCGCGGGUCAUCGAUGAUGCCCGUGCCCGCAAGCUCUCCAGUGACCUCAAGCGCUGCACCUACUACGAGACGUGCUCUACGUAUGGGCUCAAUGUGGACAGAGUCUUCCAGGACGUGGCCCAGAAGAUCGUUGCCACGAGGAAGAAGCAGCAGCUGUCCAUCGGGCCCUGCAAGUCACUGCCCAACUCCCCAAGUCACUCAGCCGUGUGCUCGGCUCAAGUGUCAGCUGUGCACAUAAGCCAGACAAGUAACGGAGGUGGGAGCCUGAGUGAUUACUCCUCGUCCGUGCCCUCGACACCCAGCACCAGCCAGAAGGAGCUGCGUAUCGAUGUGCCACCCGCUGCCAGCACGCCCACACCUGUGCGGAAGCAGUCCAAACGCCGCUCCAACCUCUUCACUUCUCGGAAAGGGAGUGACCCAGACAAAGAGAAGAAAGGCCUGGAGAGCCGAGCGGACAGCAUCGGGAGCGGCCGAGCCAUUCCAAUUAAGCAGGGCAUGCUGUUGAAGCGAAGCGGCAAGUCAUUGAACAAGGAGUGGAAGAAGAAGUAUGUCACCCUCUGUGACAAUGGCGUGCUCACCUACCACCCCAGUCUGCAUGACUACAUGCAGAACGUCCAUGGCAAAGAGAUCGACCUGCUGAGGACGACGGUCAAGGUCCCGGGGAAGCGGCCACCUCGAGCCACGUCAGCCUGCGCACCCGUCUCCAGCCCCAGAACUAAUGGGCUGACCAAGGACAUGAGCACUUUACACAUCUCACCUGAUUCAGGGAAUGUCACCAGCGCAUCUGGGGCACAGCUGGCCAGUGGCAUCAGCCUGGUGUCCUUCAACAGCCGGCCACCGGACGGCAUGCAGCAGAGGUCCUACUCCGUGUCCAGCGCUGACCAAUGGAGCGAGGCCACAGUCAUUGCCAACUCAGCCAUCAGCAGCGAUACGGGGCUGGGAGAGUCCCUCUGCUCCAGCCCCAGUGUGUCCAGCACUACCAGCCCCAAACUUGACCCGCCCCCGUCCCCCCACGCCAACAGAAAGAAGCACCGGAGGAAGAAAAGCAGCAGCAACUUCAAAACAGACGGCCUCUCGGGCACAGCUGAAGCCAAACGCAAGGCCUGGAAGCUAAACCGUGUUGGUAGCCUGCGAAGUAUAUACAGCAGCACCAACACUGAAGAGCAAGAAGAAAACUUCGAGUUGAUCAUCGUGUCCCUGACGGGUCAGACGUGGCACUUUGAGGCCACCACAUACGAAGAGCGAGACGCGUGGGUGCAGGCCAUCGAGGGCCAGAUCCUGGCCAGCUUACAGUCCUGUGAGAGCAGCAAAAACAAGUCUCGACUCACCAGCCAGACAGAAGCCAUGGCCCUGCAGUCCAUACGGAACAUCCGAGGAAACUCCCACUGCGUGGACUGUGACACCCCAAAUCCCAACUGGGCCAGCCUGAACCUGGGAGCCCUGAUGUGCAUCGAGUGCUCAGGGAUCCACCGGAACCUCGGCACCCACCUCUCGCGCGUGCGCUCCCUGGACCUGGACGACUGGCCCAUCGAGCUGACCAGGGUCAUGUCGGCCAUCGGGAACGAGCUCGCCAACAGCGUGUGGGAGGAGAGUGGCCAGGGCCGCAUGAAGCCGUCUCUUGACUCCACCAGGGAAGAGAAGGAACGCUGGAUCCGGGCCAAGUAUGAGCAGAAGCUUUUCCUGGCACCACUGCCCUGCUCAGAGCUGAGCCGUGGUCAGCAGUUGCUGCGAGCCACAGCCGACGAGGACCUGCGCACAGUCAUCUUGCUGCUGGCCCAUGGCUCCCGGGACGAGGUGAACGAGACAUGCGGGGAGGCUGACGGUCGCACAGCCCUGCACCUGGCCUGCCGCAAGGGCAAUGUGGUCCUGGCGCAGCUGCUCAUCUGGUACGGGGUGGAUGUGAUGGCCCGCGACGCCCACGGGAACACAGCACUGGCCUACGCCCGACAGGCCGCCAGCCAGGAAUGCAUUGACGUGCUACUACAGUACGGCUGCCCUGACGAGCGCUUCGUGCUCAUGGCCACCCCCAACCUCUCCCGGAAGAACAAUAACCGGAACAACAGCAGUGGCAGGGUCCCUACCAUCAUCUGACCCCACGGCCCUCCCAGGGCACCCACUGCCCUGCCACACCCACCUGGGGGUCACACACACGCCACGUGAGUCCCAUCCUUCCCCCCUCACUCACUCUUCCCCCGGACUCCAGCUCUCCUUCCCCGUCUCCCCAGAGAAUCCCAGUUCCUAGCUGGUCCUCUCGGGGUGCCAAGAGACAUCGACCAGGAUGCAGGAUGGAUUCUCUGUUUCACCUGAACCCCUCCCCUGGACCACGCGCAGAGAUCCCCCCUGCAGGG